AUGGUCGCAGUGUCACCAACAAGGGAGCAAUACUUUGAGUGUGCAAAUCAGCAAGAGGACAGAAACCCCAGUUUAAAAAAGAAACCAACAGGCAAAGGCUGUAACAGGCUCACAGGACAGAGACGCCCAAAACGAGUAGUGAUGAAAGAAAUGCAGAUUAUAGCACUUACGGGACUGGCGGCAAACGGACACAGGGUGGAGGCUCUGCGGGAGGCGGCCACCGCUGUGGAGCAGGAGAAGGAGGUCCUCCUGGAGAUGAUCCACAGCAUCCAGAACAGCCAGGACAUGCGGCAGAUCAGCGAGGGAGAAAGAGAAGAAUUAAAUCUGACUGCAAACCGCUUGAUGGGGCGAACCCUGACAGUUGAAGUUUCGGUGGAAACAAUACGGAACCCCCAGCAGCAGGAGUCCCUCAAGCACGCCACCAGGAUCAUCGACGAGGUGGUCAGCAAGUUCCUGGACGACCUGGGGAACGCCAAGAGCCACCUCAUGUCGCUGUACAGCGCGUGCUCGUCUGAGGUGCCGCCUGGGCCGGUGGACCAGAAGUUUCAGUCCAUAGUCAUUGGCUGUGCUCUUGAAGAUCAGAAGAAAAUUAAGAGACGCCUGGAGACUCUGCUUAGAAACAUUGAGAACUCUGACAAGGCCAUCAAGCUGCUGGAGCACUCGAAAGGCGCGGGGUCCAAAGCGCUGCAGCAGAACGCUGAGGGCAGGUUCAACUAGUUUCAAGCCUAAGAGCCCUUCUAAACGAUGACCUAAAGAUGGUAAGAUACUGUUUUAUGUGAUAACUAGUUCUUUCUGUUAGGCGUAACAACGGAUUUGGUAUUGAUAGCUGUUUCUGGCGAGGAAAAUAUUCCAGUGUUGUUAGUUUUAUGAAUAACAAAGCUAGAAAUAUUUUGAUUAUACCUUUCUAGAAGUUUUUAGAUGGGAUCCUUGUCUUAUACUAGGCUCGAGCACUCAUACAUGUGCACUUUUACUCUUCUGUGGACGAACACUCCGCUCGCGAGGGGCCAAAGCACCACGGUCCUCUUGGGGGCUUUGUGCGGCGCGAAGGCACGCGCCGGACCAGACACGCUGCGCCGAGGGGAGGCGCUCCCGCACCGCCGCCGGUCGCCAGGCAUCUGCGUCACAGCGUUUUGAACCUUCUCAAGAUUUAUGCAUCUCAUGAUAUGAAUGUAUUUCUUGAUAUACAGGAAAACGUGAUAUGAGAGAAUUCACCUCUGUACCACUGUCAACAACCGUAUCUCCAUGUUUCCAAAUGCAUCAUUUCUUCCAAUGUUUAAUCAUUACAGAAAGACAAUGUUGUAACUUGCUUUUAGAAAGAAAAAUUAAAUGCUUUUUAUAAAGUCUGCUUUUAAUUCUCAGCUGACAGACCUCUGCUCUGCGUAGCUGCAUGCUUUGCUGACCCACUACCCUAACUGGUCACUUAGGUUGUUUCCAGUUUGUUGCUUGUUUCUGCCACGUACUUGAGUGCGUGGAGCUUUCCCCUUCUCUCUUGUGUUUUUGAUUUUCUUUGUAUCAAUUCCCAGCAAUGGGAUUUAAUGGGUCAAAGGAUACAUACAUUUUAAUGGUAUGUUUCCAGUUUUUUGUAUAAAAGUUAAAUCAAUUUAUACUUUCCUCAGUAAUUAAAGAGUAGCUAUUUCACUGAAAG